UCGGUGCUGAGUGUGAGCGAGGGGGGCGGGGGCUGGGGAGAGUGGGGGCUGUCGGGCGAGUCUACGCGUGAACAGAUAGACCUGCGGACGGGACAGCCGCGGCCGUAGGCCCUUCUAGCCCCGCUUAACCCCUGAUGCGCGGGGGGACGAAACCCCUCUCGCUGGGGGAUGCUGCGGGAUUCUUGGCGCCGGGCAUCCGGACCGCCCGCUAAACCCCUGUGCCUAUCCUGUGCCCCUCGGGAACCGGAGUCCGGCCGCAGGGAAAGAGAAGCGGCAGCCGAGACGCUGCAGGGUGCCGGACGGGGAGGGGGCUGGACGCCCCAGACCCGAGGGCAUGGAGCGUUUAGGGGAGAAAGCCAGUCGCCUGCUGGAGAAGUUAAGACUCUCGGACUCCGGCAGCGCGAAGUUCGGCCGCAGAAAGGGUGAAUCUAGCCGGUCUGGGUCUGAUGGGACCCCCGGGCCGGGCAAGGGACGCCUGAGUGGGCUGGGGGGACCAAGGAAAUCAGGGCCCCGUGGAGCUGCUGGGGGACCUGGGGAUGAGCCGUUGGAGCCAGCCCGGGAGCAAGGCCCCUUGGACGCUGAGCGGAACCCGCGCGGCUCCUUUGAGGUGCCGCGCUACGAAGGCUCCUUUCCGGGGGGACCGCCUCCCUCCCGGGCCUUGCCUCUACCUCAGUCGUUGCCCCCCGACUUUCGGCUGGAGACCACGGCCCCAGCCCUAAGCCCCCGCUCCAGUUUCGCCAGUAGCUCAGCCAGCGACGCGAGCAAGCCGUCCAGUCCCCGGGGCAGUCUGCUGCUGGACGGGGCGGGGGCUGGUGGAGCCGGAGGUAGCCGACCCUGCAGCAACCGUACCAGCGGCAUCAGCAUGGGCUACGACCAGCGCCACGGAAGCCCCCUGCCUGCCGGGCCAUGCCUGUUUGGCCCACCCCUGCCCGGGGUUCCGGCGGGCUAUUCCUCUGGAGGGGUGCCGUCCGCCUACCCCGAGCUCCACGCUGCCCUGGACCGACUGUGCGCUCAUCGGCCCUCGGGGUUCGGCUGCCAGGAAAGUCGCCACUCGUAUCCCCCGGCCCUGGGCAGCCCGGGAGCUCUAGCCGGGGCCGGAGUGGGAGCGACAGGGCCCUUGGAGAGAAGAGGGGCGCAACCCGGACGACACUCGGUGACUGGCUACGGGGACUGCGCCGCGGGCGCCCGAUACCAGGAUGAACUAACAGCGUUGCUGCGCCUGACGGUGGGCACAGGUGGGCGAGAAGCCGGCGUCCGCGGAGAAUCCGCGGGGCUUGAGACGUCGGGUCUCGAGGAGCCGCCGGGUGCGUUUGUUCCAGAGGCCGCCCGGGCCCGGAUACGGGAGCCGGAGUCCAGAGAGGACUACUUUGGCACGUGUAUCAAGUGCAACAAAGGCAUCUAUGGGCAGAGCAACGCCUGUCAGGCUUUGGACAGCCUCUAUCACACCCAGUGCUUUGUCUGCUGCUCCUGUGGGCGAACUUUGCGCUGCAAGGCUUUCUACAGCGUCAAUGGCUCUGUGUACUGUGAGGAAGACUAUCUGUUUUCAGGGUUUCAGGAGGCAGCUGAGAAAUGCUGUGUCUGUGGUCACUUGAUUUUGGAGAAGAUCCUCCAGGCAAUGGGAAAGUCCUACCACCCUGGCUGCUUCCGAUGCAUCGUUUGCAACAAAUGCCUGGAUGGCAUUCCCUUUACCGUGGACUUCUCCAACCAGGUGUACUGUGUCACCGACUACCACAAAAGCUACGCUCCUAAGUGUGCAGCCUGUGGCCAACCCAUCCUCCCCUCAGAGGGCUGUGAGGACAUCGUGAGGGUGAUAUCCAUGGACCGAGAUUAUCACUUUGAAUGCUACCACUGCGAGGACUGCCGGAUGCAGCUGAGUGAUGAGGAAGGCUGCUGCUGCUUCCCUCUAGAUGGGCACUUGCUCUGCCACGGCUGUCACAUGCAGAGGCUCAGUGCCCGGCAGCCCCCUGCCAAUUAUAUCUGAGAUGUAGUCACUACUGCUGCCAACACCACCACUGACAAAUUCCUCUGGCCAGUGGGCCCCUCUGAGGCCAGCCAAGGCAAGAAAGGCACUGCCGGCCUGGCAGGAGAGUCCCCUAGGGAGGGCCCCAAUGGCCAGAGACCCAAAGAUCAAGACAUUCCAAAUGGGGGACUUCCCUAGUGGUCCAGUGGCUAAGACUCGCAGGGGGCCUGGGUUCGAGCCCUGGUCAGGGAACUAGAUCCGACAUGCCACAGCUGAAGAUCCUGUGUGCUGCAACUAAAGAUCCCAUGUGCCACAGUGAUGAUCAAAGAUCACAUGUGCCGCAGUUAAGACCUGGCACAGCCAAACAUAUUUUUUUUCUUAGAAAAAAAGACAUUCCCAAAUGGAUGUGGAGGAGGAGCCCUCUAGUUGCCAUGGUAGGGGUAACUGGCCUUCGUUCCAUGUGUACAGACUGUGCUAUAGCAUGUGACAGGCACAUACAGGUGGGUUCCAAUACUUUCUAAAGGUCUGAUUCUGGUCUGUAUGUCUAGUAUACAUUUGUGUGCGCACACACACUCUCUUCUUAGUGACUGUUAUACUUGGUUCAUUAGAAGUAGCUCGGCUCUCUGGACCUGCUGCCUCUUAGAGGGAACCAGGAUUAUCCACUGCAGCUCCCAAACUCUGAGGUUCUGGGAGCCAGAGAGGCAAAACUCUUGGUUCUAAUGUUUGGCUAGACCUCUUAAAAUCAACUCACUGAAAGUUUACUUAAAGUUCACUUCUCUUAAUGACCAGGUUGCCAAAAACUGAGUUCUCUUUUGGGUAUUUUUAUAAGCCAUUUAGUUGUUCUGUUCUUGAGUAUUUCAGAUUUGUAUCUUUUCAUCUAAGAGUACUCUUGAGUUAUCAGCAACAUAAAUUUUAUCAGAUUUGCAGCACUUUGUAAAUGAUUGGAUUGCUUCUUACCUUUGUGGAUAAUAUCUUUUCCUGUGUUAACCUAUUUUCAAACAUUAAACAAAUUU